AUGACAGAUAAGGAUCUGAGCUAUCUCCCCACAGUAGGUGUUGCUAUGGCAUUGCCAGACGGGCCACAGUUGCAGACGCCUGAUAUCAAAGGCCACGUCUUUUGUUUCUUGCCGUUACCAGUCCAAACGAAAAGCUUAACUGGUUUGCCUGUGCACGUCAAUGGUUUCUUCGCAUUGAGUCAGAAUAGGCGUUACAUUAAGUCUCCAAAUGCAGAUCAAGAAUAUCGCCAGAAGGCAGGACGUAAGAUGACUGAUAAGUCCUUGCUAUGGAACAAGUGUCUUCUCGAAGAAGCCCUUCCCAAGGCCUACGCCACCAUGAUUUUGGAAGCCAUAAAGGAGAAGUCUGUUUUCAUUUCCAAGACAGCAAUCUAUAAGUAAGUUACAUGCCUAAAUAUAGCCCUAAUCAACUUUGUUUGUCACUCAGUUUCUUUACUCGUGUAAAAGAUUCAUCUUCAAUUGUACGAUUCUCGAAAAAGAAUCGCUUACUUGCGUUUACUUGAAAGAUCUCAACGAGAUAUUUGGUGAAAUAGAAAAAAGCAGCAUGUUUUUCUAUCUUCAACAGGAAGUGGAGCAAAUGCAAUUACUGUUUCUGAGUUGUUAGGUCAAUAUAUUGACGUCUGUUGGAUGGAUAGAGACGUCUUCAUUUUCUGUGCAGUUUUCGCGAACAAAGUCGUAGUCAGUAGUCCUGACUGAAGUUUUUUUUUAUGGAAAAAAAAAAAAACACUUUUUUCAACUCCAACUUACGAACACAGGAUAAGAUUAACAAUGGACGAUAAUCCUUAAAAUAUGUUCAGAGAACAUAACAUAACAUAACAGUUUGUCUAAAUGAAUUGACAUUUAGUUGAAAAGCUACUGAGUUUUACAAAAGAAUAUUUGCAAUAAAAAGAUUGAAUCCAACCUACUGAAAAAAUUAUAUUGUAUUAGAGUAAGACUAUAACGCCUUCAAAUAUACUUGUAAUUAAAGUGAAACUCUUACAAAUCAUUGUUAUCUGGGGUUAGAGGAUUUCUAUACUCACUGUGCUGUGCGUAUUAACUGAAUAAGUAUGGCAGGUCUGUCAUAAAGCACCACCUACAGAGAAAGUGUGAUCUCUUUUUGUUGUUGUUAUUCAUAUAAAGAGGUAUUGCUCAUUCAUGGUAAAGAAAACCGGGAGCCGCAAUAAACACGCGCAUUUUGUAUCUCGUUUCAGAGCGUGGCCUGAUAUCAACAUUAUAGACAAGCAGUGGAAAGGGCUUGAGGAACCUUUAUUUCGGUUGCUUUUGGCAAAGAACGUUGUUCACACAGAAGCAAAAGGUGGCAAAUGGCUGGCAGUUUCAGAAGCGCUUUUUCAGCGUCUAACAGACCGCGAAGAACAUCAGCUGCUUCUUGAGGUUCUGCUAUCAGUCGGUGUCCCUGCUAUCACUGUACCAAGUCAUGUGCUGCAGGCUGUGGAUGUCUAUGCACCAGGUCAAAAGGAAAUCACGCCUCCUCUGACACGACAUGUAUUAAGGAANAAGUUUUUUUUUAUGGAAAAAAAAAAAAACACUUUUUUCAACUCCAACUUACGAACACAGGAUAAGAUUAACAAUGGACGAUAAUCCUUAAAAUAUGUUCAGAGAACAUAACAUAACAUAACAGUUUGUCUAAAUGAAUUGACAUUUAGUUGAAAAGCUACUGAGUUUUACAAAAGAAUAUUUGCAAUAAAAAGAUUGAAUCCAACCUACUGAAAAAAUUAUAUUGUAUUAGAGUAAGACUAUAACGCCUUCAAAUAUACUUGUAAUUAAAGUGAAACUCUUACAAAUCAUUGUUAUCUGGGGUUAGAGGAUUUCUAUACUCACUGUGCUGUGCGUAUUAACUGAAUAAGUAUGGCAGGUCUGUCAUAAAGCACCACCUACAGAGAAAGUGUGAUCUCUUUUUGUUGUUGUUAUUCAUAUAAAGAGGUAUUGCUCAUUCAUGGUAAAGAAAACCGGGAGCCGCAAUAAACACGCGCAUUUUGUAUCUCGUUUCAGAGCGUGGCCUGAUAUCAACAUUAUAGACAAGCAGUGGAAAGGGCUUGAGGAACCUUUAUUUCGGUUGCUUUUGGCAAAGAACGUUGUUCACACAGAAGCAAAAGGUGGCAAAUGGCUGGCAGUUUCAGAAGCGCUUUUUCAGCGUCUAACAGACCGCGAAGAACAUCAGCUGCUUCUUGAGGUUCUGCUAUCAGUCGGUGUCCCUGCUAUCACUGUACCAAGUCAUGUGCUGCAGGCUGUGGAUGUCUAUGCACCAGGUCAAAAGGAAAUCACGCCUCCUCUGACACGACAUGUAUUAAGGAAGGUACCCUCAUGCUACACCAGUCUUGAUAAGACGGGGAAGUUGCUACUUCUCCAGUUCUGUCUCAGUGAUCAUCUUUUCUAA